AUGACUUCAGCUGGGGAGAGGCAACAUUAUGCACUUGCCCUCAUCAAAUCUCUUUUUGGCCAUCUCCCAGAUAAUUUUUGUAUUGGGCUGUUAUAUGACAUAGGUUGUCAACUGGAACAGAGCUGCAGGAAGUGGGGUUUUCUCAAGUCAUUUCUGCCAUGUAUUUUUUUUUCCAUCUCAGUAUUUCAUGCCUUUGGAUUUGGGCUAUCUGAUGGAGAGGGAUGUGAGCAUUUUUGGAGUUCAAUCAAAGGGCUGAUACCAUCUCUUUGUGUUCCUGGGGUAUGUGUGCAGUAUGCCACAUCAGUUUCAAGCUAA